CGCUUCUCUCCUCUCUAACCCUAACCUACCACGUGUGAGAUGAACGUGUAGUUAGUAAAACGAUUAUUCGCGUUUUCAUAUAAAUUAAUACGGGCAAAAAUUGUAUUUGUACAAUUAUUAGUGCUUAUUAAUCAAAGCUACGUCUUUUAAAAGAAAAAUGGGAAAAGGUCGGAGAAAUAAACCGAAAAAGAACUUCGCUGAAAAACGUCGCGAGAAACAAAAAAAAAAAGAAGAAUGGGAUAGUACUCCUCAUAGAAGUUAUGCAGAUAUUAUCAGAGAGAACAAAGAUUUUGAGAAUUAUUACAAGACACAAGGAAUAGUUCCGGAGGAUAAAUGGGACGCAUUUAUCAGUACUAUGAGGACCAAUCUGCCAGUUGCUUUUCGCAUUACUGGUUCGAAAGCCGAAGCUAAAGCCUUAUUGGAGAUAAUCAAAAGUGAUUUCUUUAAAGGAAUUUUAAAUGCAAAUCUGGAUGAUGAUAAGGAAGAUGUUAAGAAUGAAGUGAAAACUAUAUUACAUAGUCUACCCUUUUAUCCGGAGGAGUUGGCAUGGCAAUUGCAAUUAACUAGGAAAGAUAUUAGACGAUCUGAAGCCUAUUAUAGGUUACAUAACUUUCUCAUCGCUGAAACUAACAAUGGUAGCAUCAGCAGACAAGAAGUAGUUAGUAUGGUUCCUCCUUUAGUGUUGGAUGUCAAGCCUUCGCACAAGGUUCUUGAUAUGUGCGCAGCACCAGGAUCAAAGACAGUGCAACUUAUAGAAAUGGUACACGCAGAUGAAGGAAAUAUUCCUCCAGAGGGUUUUGUAAUAGCCAAUGAUCUUGACAAUAAUCGCUGCUACAUGCUGGUACACCAAGCUAAAAGACUGAAUAGUCCAAACAUUCUUAUUACAAAUCAUGAUUCAUCUGUUAUGCCCAACUUUAUAAUUACUAAUCCAGAUGGUACAAAAGACACAUUAAAAUUUGAUAGGAUACUUGCAGAUGUCCCAUGUAGUGGUGAUGGUACUAUGCGAAAAAACCCAGAUAUAUGGUGUAAAUGGAGUGCUGCUAAUGGCAAUAAUCUCCAUGGAAUCCAGUAUAGGAUAGCAAAACGUGGUUUGGAAUUGCUAACAGUUGGAGGUAGAAUGGUAUAUUCUACAUGUUCGUUAAAUCCAAUAGAAAAUGAAGCAGUACUUCAUAGACUUCUUUGUGAAACUGGCGACUCAGUACAAUUAAUUGACUGUAGAGACUUGGUACCAGGAUUGAUAUGCGACCCUGGUGUCACACAUUGGAAACCAGCAUCUAAAAAUUUACAAUAUUAUAAUACUUGGGACGACGUUCCAGAGCAAUGGCAAACACAAGUACGACCGAAAAUGUUUCCUCCACAAGCGAUCGAGGCUUCGAAAUUUCAUCUUGAACGUUGUAUGAGAAUAUUGCCACAUCAUCAAGAUACUGGAGGUUUUUUCGUGGCUGUAUUGGAAAAAGUAAAAUCUCUGCCAUGGGAAAGUGAAGCUCAUAUAUUAAACCAAAACAUACAGAAUGUAAAUGAUAAUGAAAAUGAGGACGAAAUCAUUCCUAAAGAAGAAAACAAGGAUGGAAUCAUUCCUGAAGAAGAAAACAAGGAUGGAACUAUUUCUAAAGAAGAAAACAAGGAUAAAAUCAUUCCUAAAGAAGAAACUUCACGUGACGGAUUUUCAGAAAGUGGAAAAAGAAUAUUAGAAGAAGGAAAGAAAACACGAGAAUUACAAAGGAAACGAAAAAGGAUUGUUGGCUAUAGGGAAGAUCCAUUUGUUUUCUUCAAGGAUGCGACGGAAGAUGUGUGGCAGUCUAUUAAAGAUUUUUACGGUAUAUCUGAUGAAUUGGAUCCGCGAUGUUUGCUAGUAAGAUGUCACGAAGGAAAGAAAAAAAAUAUUUAUUUUACAUCGCCGGCAAUUCGUGACAUAGUGAUAUCUAACGAAAAUAAAGUCAAAAUGAUUAAUACCGGCGUUAAAACUUUUGUGCGAUGUGACAAUAAAAAUAUGAAAUGCGCCUUUAGACUUGCUCAAGAAGGGAUACAGAGUAUCGUUCAUUACAUAAGUGAUAACAGAAAACUUCAAAUUUCGAAAGAAGAUUUAAUAAUGCUUUUACAAAGUGAUAAUCCACAUACACCACCUGAAAUUAUAAAAUUAAAUCCAGAUACUCAGGAACGUCUCAAAGAUUUCGCAACUGGAAGUUGUAUACUGUUAUACAAAGAAGAAAAGACUGACAAUAUAAAUCAGUUAAAUCUUCAACUGGUAGGAUGGAGGGGAAUAAUGUCUCUCAGAGCUUAUGUGCCUACUUGCGACGCAUUUCACUAUUUACGGCUUUUAGGCGCGGAUUGUUCUAAAUUUGAGAAAAACAAAUUCAAGGAAAAUCGUGCAGCCGCUUUAGUCGAGGACGCCAACAAUGAUGUCGGAACUGAAGAUUAAUGAAAAAUGUAAUAGGAAGUGGUAUAUAAUAACAUAGAAGAAAAUCAA